UAAUAAAAUAAGUCAAAAUGAAAAGGUUGCUAUUAUUGUUGUUCAGACAUUCAGGAGGAUUUAAUUGUGAAAAUGGAAAACAUCUGCUCGCUUUUUUACCCCCAUCUUCCCUCUACCCUCUGUUGCGAUGGUUCGGUCUCACCACACAGAUUUCAUUCAUAAAAUUCCAGCUCACUAUAAAAGGCGGGCCUCUCCACUAUAUCUGCACAGUUACCAUUUAUGAACCCGGCAAAUGGAAUAUAAAGUAUAGGCAGUCAGUUUUCUACUUUAGAUUAGACUGUUCUGUCUUUAUUUUAUGCUGCUGUGAUUAUUAUUUUUUUUUAACACGAGAACAUGCAUCCAGACUCCAGCACUGAGUUCGACUCGUCGUCCAGCUGUAGCAGCACAGCAUCGCCUGGCGGGGACACCCCUGGGUGCAGCAGCAGCCAGCAUCCUCCUGACUCGCUUUCAUCAUCAGUGGACAGCAGCAAGGAUGCUGAGACCAGUGCAGCAGACUCCUUUGUUCCGACUGUAACUGCAAUCUCAACCUCGCCGGAUCUGAGGUGGAUGGUGCAGCCGACAGUCAUCACAUCUGUCUCACCGUCGUCCGGCCGCGCGAAGAGCAAAACGCACGGCUCGAGCCAGUCGGCAGGUGCAAACAAGGCAAAGCAAGGCAGGAAAGGGCUCAAAGACAAGCCUUCCAAAGAGGAGGAGGAGAGGAGGAGGAUCAGGAGGGAGAGGAACAAAAUAGCUGCAGCGAAGUGUCGUAACAGACGGAGGGAGCUGAUAGACACUCUGCAAGCUGAAACGGACAUGCUGGAAGACGAGAAGUCUGCCCUCCAGACGGAGAUAGCUGACCUGCUGAAGGAGAAGGAGAGGCUGGAGCAGGUCUUAGUCUCCCACAAGCCAUCCUGCAAACUCCCUGCAAAUGAUGGUGAUGGUGAUGAUGAUGAGGAGGAGAAGGAGGAGGAUAAUGAAGAGGAUGUUGACACAAUGCAGCAGGAUCCUCCGGCCUCCCCAUUGUCCAUCUUAGAGGAUGGAAAACCCACAGAGAGCAACACAGCCUGCAUCGGAGACGCCUCUCAAGACAUGGACAGCGUCCCCUGCAUCCCAGCAGCAGCCAUUCUGGGGAACUCGAACAUCCUCCUGUGUUCGAGCGCCGAAGAGGAGUCUCUGGAGGACUUAAAGGCAGACGACCUGGAUGACCUGGUGCCCAGCCUGGAGAUGGUGGUGUCCCCGGAUAUGGCCGCGUCCGUCCCCGACAUAGACCUGAGCGGCCCCUUCUGCCUCUCAGACUGGGAAACCCUGUACAAGUCCGUGGCGAACGACCUUGAAUCUCUGAGCACGCCAAUCCUGUCUUCCAGUCCCACUUGUAGCAAUUACCGCACAGUGUUUUCCUUUAAUUACUCUGAGAUUGAUUCCUUGGCUGAGGGCUUCGAGUGCCUCAAAGGCAGCCUCGGUGCGUCUGAGUUAAUGAAAGAUAGUCUCAAUUCUCCAACACUUCUGGCCUUGUGAAUGCAAAGAAGUUAUGCAACGAUACUGCAAUUGUAUUCUAACCAGCCAGCAAGCUAUGAUCUCUCUCAAAAACGAUGUUUUGUAGUGUGAGUUUUGAUGUUGUGUAAAUCUGAACAUCAAAAGUUGUGUACACGACAUGUUUUUUCUGUGACUGUAACAGGGUCGACUUCUUCCAUACUGCUGGUGCAUCUCUGAGGCGAGACUUUUGCGCUGGUGAUAAAACAUGCAUGCAAAUACAAGUCAUCCAAGAAGAGGAGGUAUCUUGUGUUUUAUAAAUGUGAUGUGAAGUUCGAUCAUCAAAUAGCCUAAUGUACGUGUAAUACUGUUGACAAAGUUGUGUUGUAACAAGUGAAAAUAGCAGGGUUACUAAUGUGUAGUGUAUAGGUGUCACAUCUUGCUGUAAGGUGUCCCCUAACAUGAUGUUUCCUUUCAAGUUUUUUUCCAUAAAAAAAAAAUCAGAUCAUGUCAUGUAUUUUAUCGAGAUGUAUUUUAUGACAUAGUUUAUUUUUUUACUUAUCAAAAAUAAUCAGAUGCAAAAAUUGUAUAACGCUGGAAAUAAAAUAAGACAACCACAAA